AUGAGGAAACCAGGGUGUGGUGGCUUUGCCGUGAUAUCAUCCGCCGAUAAGCUCGAGUCCGCCAGUGAGAUUGAGGCGAGCAUGGGAGCCAUUGCUCCCAGAUGUGCUGUCAUGCGCUCGAGGAGUUUCUCCAUUGGGCAAGCCAUCGAACGUCGCCGGGAGGUGGCUAUCGUCUCGCUGGCCAAGUUCUCGUCGGUCCGCAGCUCGGCGUACCCGUCGUCAGCUCUAGCCUCCCUCGAAAACUCCUCUCACGACUGGGACUGUCCCAUGCCCAUGCAUGACCGAACUGUGGCCGAGCUAUGUUGGAGUCCGGUGCAGCACAUCAAAGAUCUCCAGCGGGCAUGUGCCUUGGGUGUUAGCUGGACCAAAGUUGACGCGGGGCCCGGACCCAGUCCCAUCUAUUUCGGUGUCGAGACUCGCCCCAUGCCCUUGCAGAGGAUUGUGCCGCGAGCUCCACUUCAUUUGAGCUGCGUUCCUGCCGUUGUAGCCCAACAAGACCGAGGUGCAAAGGGCUAUGGCCGGGGCUGUAGACUUAAGGGCCAAGGGAUUGCUGGGACGGUCAUGCUGGAGCGCGCAACCUACAAUUGUGCCGGAAUCGAAUUAACAAUGGGAAAGCACUGGAACUGGGUCCCAUCGCUCCGUGAGAUGUCAAUGACAGCAGGUCAAUUGACGCAAACCCAGAGCGACCCUGCAUUCCCCUCGCUCAACUCUAUUGCACCGAUCACCCUGAGGACCACAAGGAUGCAGAUGCCGUACGGUUCGGGCCGUGGACCGUAA